GCUCGAGUGCCAAAGCAGUCUUGGAGCAGCUGGCUGCAGGCGAUGGGGGAAAGCGACUCUCAAGAGGCGCUGCGGCCUUUCAUUGAAGCGGAAAGGGAGUUUGUGCAGCUGCAGUCAGCCGGGGACCAUGACGGCGCCGUGCGCUGCCUGGAAGCUGUGCUGCGCGCGGAGCAGGCGACGGUGCAGCGAAUGCCGGACACCAUGCUGUCCACGCUCUUUGAGCGCUUGGCGGUAGGCUACAACACCCUGGGCAUGAAGCACUUGAAGGACAACAACACUGAUGUGUCCUGCAAGUUCUUUGAGAAGGCAGAGGCGCUGACAGACCCAGCCAAUUUGCAUAUGAACCCCGAGUCGCGCCUUGUUUUGAGAGCGGUGACCUACAACAACAUGGGCUGCUUCUACAAGAGCUUUGGGAAGCUACACACGGCCCUGCAGUAUCUCAAGAAAGCUCAAAAGAUUGAGGAGAAGUCGCAGGGCAGAUGCCAGAACCCUGCAGGCACACACCUGAAUCUUUGCGCUCUUCUGUCUCAGAUGGGUAAGCACCAGGAGGCCCUGCAACACGCAGACAAGGCCCUCAAAAAGCUGGAGGCUGCCCAGUCACAGCCUCCCAAGGAACCGGAGGGCUUGCCCCCGGGUGGCAGCACCAACAGUGAGAGCUUGAUAUGUGUUGCAUACUUCAACAUGGGCGCUGAAUACGAGCACCUGAAGAAGCCAAGUGAAGCAUUAUGGCACUAUCAGAGAGCGUACGACAGCUGCCUACAGGAGCUGGGGGAAGAGCAUCCCCUGAGCCAACAGAUCAAUGCCUGCGUGGAGCAGCUGCAGCAAAGGGCGAAGCCAAAAGCUGCAAAGCCCUGAGCCUUCGUUUCACAAAUUGCGGGUCUUGCACCAAGCCUGACCUUGGCGUUCAGCUAUUGUGACCCGUGCCGUUGCUUUGCUU